UCAGUGAACGUGCUGUCGAUACCUCGUGGAGUCGUGUGCAAAAGCCUGUAGAGCGCGCAUAUAAUCGUCAGCAAGUGCGAGUGCAGGGCAUCCAUCGUUGGCGAGGCCGUGUUGUCGAGGUUGUUUCCUGCUUCAGUCACCGCGCGACAGUCCAGAAUGUCUUCUUCCGAAGCACAUGCUCACCAUCACGGUGGGUGCGCUAAAGAGUGCAAGAAGUCAAAGGAGAGCUGCUGUGAAGGUGCUUGCACUGAUGAAUGCAAAAAGACCCCAUGCAACUGUGGUGAUAACUGCAAAUGUUCUGAUGGAUGCAGAUGUCAGUCUUGUUCAGCGCCCUGCAAGUGUGAUGGUACUUGUCAGUGUGGAAAGGGCUGCACUGGAGCCGACAGCUGCAAGUGUGAUCGCAAGUGUUCUUGCAAGUGAAGCAUUUAGGUGCUGUCUGCCAUUCUCAAGAUUCAAGAAUAAACUUUCACCCUCUCAGGGGUGUUGAGAUAUUCAGAAUAUAUAAACAAAUACACACACAUUCCUAUCUCUCUCUAUAUAUAUAGUCUCUCACAUGCACACACAUUCACUGAUCAGUUUGUAACAGCUAAUUAAAAGUUAAUUUUUUGACUCACUUCUUUCCCUCUUCCAGACCUUUAAAGCAUAUCACUUGUCACAGGAUAUGUAAUCAAAUAAAUCGAAAUACAUGUAUUUAGGAUCAAAGAAUGGAUAAACUUCUGAGGGGAUGUCUUUUUGCCUCAUUCUUACCUAAAUCACAGAUGCAUAAACGUGCUCACUCAUAUCUGCUUACAUAAUGUAUAAAAUGUCUCACACAUACAUAUUUUGUUAAUUUUUCUUGAUCAUACUAGUAAGUAGUAACUUAACAAAUUGAGUCAAUCUAGUGAGGGUCAUUUUAUUUCUUGAUUGUGAGUAUAGUAAGGUGAUAAUUUAUUUGAAUGUUGGCCAGAAAAUUUUGAAUCGAUUAUGAACUUCAUCCCUUAUAUAUUUAGUGUGACAGAAUCUACAGAGCCUUUUAUUUCUAGGAAUCUCAUUUUUGUCUACAGUUAUUCACCAGAAAGUAGCUCAGUGGCCUAAAUUUUAUUAAAGGGAGAUAAUCAUGGGAUCGUCUGUGUAUGCUUGGGCAGGGUUAGUGGAGGAGAAGGGUAAAUUAGCAAGAAAAGUAGUUUGUGGCUCAUAUUGUUCCUUAUAAAAAUGACACGAGACUGGUGGAAUAUGACAAUGCAAAGACAAUAGUUUAAAUUUGCAUUAUAUAGUUUUAUUUGCGAAUAUUAAACUUCCAGAUUGCUCUGCAACUGGAAAAAAAUACC